AUGCACAAUCAAAGAGUUAUUGUUUAUGUGUCAUGUCAACUAAAACCUCACGAAGAGAAUUAUCCUACACAUGACUUGGAGAUGGCAGCAGUUGUGUUUGCUUUGAAGAUUUGGAGGCACUAUCUUUAUGGUACCCAUUGUAAAAUGUUUACUGACCAUCAUAGUCUGAAAUAUAUCUUCACCCAAAGAGAAUUAAAUUUAAGACAAAGAAAAUGGUUAGAAUUGGUGAAGGAUUGUGAUCUCGAAAUUGUAUAUCAUGAAGGCAAAGAAAAUGUUGUAGCUGAUGCCUCGAGUCGAAAACCAAGGCAUAAGUUGGGUUCUAUGUUAGUUGCCGAUGAACUAUGUCAAGAUUUAGCACAGAUGAAAAUUGAACUACUUGGAUGGGGCAUGACGUGGGGAUAUUUACAAAUAAUGCAAGUUGAGCCUGAAAUUUACGAUCACAUUAGAGUGGCUCGAAUGGAAGAUAAUAAAAUGGUCGAGUUGGCUAUAGAAGUUCAGUACGGUCAUAUUCAAAACUUUAAUAUUGUUUCAGAUAGGAGUCUUCGAUUUCAUGGAAUGUGGUGUAUCCCAAAGGACCAAAGUGAUUUGAAGGAGCAAAUUAUGAGUGAGGCUCAUAAUAUACCAUAUUCAGUGCAUCCAUGA